AUGACGGCUUUGGAGAAGAUGUGUGAACCUGGCGCUGGCCAUCACGAUGAGGGUCGUGCGGGAGAACUUGCAACAGAUAUCAACGAGUUACCGGGUGGAUACUACUACAGCCCUCGCAUAAUCAGUACCUUUGUCGGUAUUAGUCUCUCCUUGAUUGCGACGUAUUUCGCGUUCGAGGCCUCCGCCUCUGCAAUUUCCAACAUCAACGCGGAUAUCGGACCUAGCGAGAAUGCGAGUCUGGCAUCGACGGUCUGGACAGUCAGUCAGUCGAUCAGUAUCCUGAUCAUGGGAAGAUUGACGGAUCGAUUCGGUCGCCGUAACUUCGUCCUUGUUACCGGCUUGAUCGGCCUCAUUGGUGGCAUCGUGGCGUGCACCGCGCAGAAUUUCAACACUUUAAUCGGGGCACAGGUCCUGCUCGGUUUGGCUGCCGGCCAACCAGGAUCAUACUUGCUGCUCGUGGGUGAGCUCAUGAGUAAUAAAACAAAGUUCUUGGGAAUCGUGUCUGUUGCCUUUCCUAGUGUCGUCGGUACAGGCUUCGCCCCGUACUUCGGACAGAAGUUGGGUACGAGCGGCAAUUGGAGAUGGAUAUUCUACAUCUAUAUCAUCUUGAUAGUCGUCAGCAACGCGCUUCUCUUCAUUUUCUACCACCCUCCAUCCUUUGUCCAGUUGCACGGAAAGAGAACGAGUAAGCGGGAGGAACUCAGAAAGACGGACUGGAUUGGAAUCUUCCUCCUCACGGCAGGACUAGCGCUAUUCCUUCUCGGUAUCUCCUGGGGUGGUUCGCCUCAACCAUGGAAUUCUCCUAGAAUCCUUGGUCUUCUAAUCUCGGGAGCUGCCACUUGCGUUGCCUUCGUGCUGUACGAAUGCUUCGGCAGUGUCCAGUACCCGAUUGUCCCCAUGAAACUCUUCCGCGAUAUUCGUGGAUUCAGUUGUCUGGUGAUCAUCUCGGCGGUCAUGGGUAUCAUGAAUGUGGCCCUCUUCAUCAUGUGGCCUGGGCAAGUCGUUCACAUCUUCGGCACUUCCCUCGAUACCGAACAAACCUCAUGGAUGACUGCAACAGCAACCCUUAGUAUGUGGGCCGGUAUUCUGAUCUUAGGCGCUCUCUUCCACAUUGUGAAGCAUUCCCGCGUGCAAUUGAUCAUCGGCAGUAUCUGGGUAACCGCCUUCCUGGGCUCAAUGUCCUCGGUCACGGAAAGCAACAAGGCCUCCGCCAUUGCCUUCUCCAUGCUCGCCAGCUUCGUGAUCGGCUGGGGAGAAGACGUGACAAUGCUUCUGGCUCAAUGCAUUACCCCCGACCAUGAGCUGGGCGUUGCCUUCGCUGUCGUAGCGUCGUCCCGAACCAUCUUUGGAUCCAUAUUCACCGCCGCUUUCGUCGCAAUCUACACCAACAAGCUGCCAGGCAAAUUCCAGCAGCACCUCGUCCCAGCCGUCCUCAAUGCAGGACUCCCCAAAUCCUCGAUCGGCGAGCUCCUCACCGCAGUCUCAACGAGCAACCAACAAGCCAUCGCCGCCGUCCCUGGAAUGACCGAUGCCCUGCUGAAGAUCACUAACAAGGGCGUUGCAGACAGCUACGCCGCCUCGUACGCCUACGUCUACUAUUUUGCACUGGCCUUGGGUGUGGUGUCGAUCCUUGCGGCCGCCUGUGCGAAGGACUUCGACCCCUACCUGACAGACCACGUCGCUAGGCAAAUAUACCACAAGAGGGAAACGGGCACAGACGCGUUAGACAGCGAUAGCUCGACAGAAAAUGAGGUGGCCAUGGCGGUGCCAAAUAAGGCCCCCGCUGAUCUUCUUAAGGUUCCCGCGGUGGCCUGA